AUGCCGCACGCAAAAGCCUACGUGAAGCAGGCUGACAUGCUGGAUCAGAUGCAACAGGAGGCAGUUAAUCACGCCUACGAGGCAUUGCACUGCAACACACAAUACAUGGACAUUGCUAAACACUUGAGGACACAUUUCGAUCAUUGCUACGGGCCCUCGUGGAGUUGUGUUGUUGGCAAAGAUUUCGGCACCUCAAUUACUGGCAUUACUGCACUCGCUUUUGCCAUGUCUGCUGGAAGGUAUAGGAAGAGUGAAGCAAAAGCCGUGAUUAAGGAGACGGAUAUGCUGGAGGAGUUGCAACAACAGGCAGCAAAUUGUGCCUACGAGGCCCUCCAGCAUCACCAACAGUACAUGGAUAUUGCGAGGUAUGUGAGAAAGCGUUUCGACGAUCUCUACGGACCCUCGUGGAGCUGUGUCGUGGGAGCCGACUUUGGCGCGUCAUUUGCGUAUGAGAAGAAGCACCUCAUCUCCUUCCAAAUGAAAGGCAAAACAUUCCUCCUCUUCCGUGGCGCGUGA